GAACAUCAACCUCUGUUCUGUUGUUUUCCCCGGGAAAUAAGCAAUCGUUGUAGUGUUUGUUGACAUGCUCCAUAUACUAUAAAAUAUCAUCUUCUCCAUGUUUCUUGCUUCAUCAACAAUAUGUCAUCCUCGUCUUACAAUCUACGUUGUCUCUUCUGCUGUUGUUAUGCGUGCCAUGAUCUGGUGCACUACUGCUCAACUGAAAUUUACAAGCUAUUUCAUCCAUCCGAGAGAUUACUCCACCAGAGUGCCAAGGCAGCUGGUGAUGCAGACUACCCAGCUUACGGGGUAACUGGACCCAGUACAAAGUCUUCUACAGUUACUAAUGGAGACAGAAAACUUGCACAAAGUGCCCAAAUGUAUCAUUAUCAACACCAAAAACAGCAAAUGAUUGCAAUGGAAAACCGAGCAAACGGUGAAAUGAAACAAGACAAUUCUGACGAUGAUUCUGAAGAAGAGAAUGAAGAAGGAGACUAUACUGUAUAUGAAUGCCCUGGACUUGCACCGGCCGGUGAAAUGACCGUCAAGAAUCCACUGUUCAACGAUGACCAUGACCCUUCAUCACCGCCACCAACCAAAGAUGGAGAUAAUUAAACCGUUGCUAUGACAGCACGAGAUGCAACUAUGGAGAUAAAAUAUAAUAUAUAUAUAUAUAUUUAUUUAUAGUUUUUUUAGAGAAUUGUGGAAAAUCAUGAACAGUUACAAAUUGUGAGAUAAAAAAGUUCAAGUCAUUAUUGUCAUCAGUACACAUGAAAUGGAUAUGGAUUAUUCUUUUAUUUAUAUUAUUGUUUUUAUUUGAUGAAUAUAUGAUUGAAGUUCAUCAUGACUAUAAUGGAUUGGCCCAAAGAGCUGUGGAUGGCUUGGUGUAAAAUUCUCAACUGCCAACUAUUCGGAACACAUGUAAGCCUGUCAAACAAUCCAAGCCAUUGCUUGAAAACAUUGAUAUCUUUCAACAAAAAUUCUUUUUCAAUCUGUCCCUCUCUAAAAUGAGUCACAAUACUACUUACAGUCCAAGUUUACUUGUUUUUUUUUCUGUCAGCUGAUAUUUAAAAUCACAAACAAAAUAAGUCUUUGUGUUAUUUUGCAUAAAGUCGUGUUUCAAAUGUAUUUUGUGAAAAAUCAAAACUAAUAAACACUUUUGUUAAUAAUACAUUGACAAAGUUUUAUUAUAAUUUUAACUGAAAUAAUUUUAAAACUUAGACAUGGUGACCAUUUUUCAAGUGCAAUAUAUUUUAGCCAGCAAUCCAAGUUCAUGUGUACUGAUUGAAUGAUGACUUCCUGUCGUGACAUGUUUGUCGCAUGACUUAAACUUCUGACAGACGCAAGUUGUUGUACAUGUGUACUAUUAAAAGGAGUGAUGCCCCCACUCGUGUAUGUAGUGUUACAAAAAUUGGAUGGCCAAAUUAUUGACCUUUGAAUAUUGCAUUGUGGGGAGAUUAAUAACAGGUAGCAACAUUUCUCUAAAAAUCUUGAAAAAAUUUCAACAAAAAAUAAACGAAGAAAAAAAAAACAAUUCAGGUGUUUUAACUUUUUAGUUUAAUUUGUGUAACAUUAAUUAAUAGUUUUAUUUAAAUUUUAAUUUGAGCUGAAGCACCAGUGGGGAAAGGUAUUCGUAUACCUCAAGUCGGUGGCUGUAUGUACUUAAGCUUUCAUGAGAAAAUUGCGUUUAAGUAAUUCCAACAUUAUCCAAUCUGCCAGGUAAUUUCCUGUCAUGAGCAAGAUGAAAACUCUGUGGACAUUGGCGCUCAGUUUUGUCCCGAUUUUAAAAUAUCUGAAGUGUUUGAUGGGCCUAAAUACCCAUGAUGCACUGCGACAUCCAACUAUUUUGGAGUUGUCUUUUUAUGGCAAGAAUUCUCAGCUGUGAGGAUAAUGUACAAGGCGGUAACAUAGUGAAUGCCCCUCCCUCCUUUCUACCCUCACUCAACACCUCACACUUGUCUAGAAUCAAUCUAUAGACAAUUUUUGUGACUGAAGAUUCUGUAACCUUUGCACCUCUGACAUCUGGAGUUUGUUUUAAUUUGCUGCAAAGGCAAUUUCUACUAAAUUCAGUCCCUUGAGAGCAGUCUGCAUUGAUAGAUCUGAAAUUGGCUUCCAUUAUCGAUCUGUUCAUCACUUGAGGGCAGUGUUUGCAUAACCGGCAGCCAUUUUUGGCUCAUCACUUUAAGAUGAAAAUUGACUGUGAUGUCAUAUAUUAUCAAUCUUAUAAUUCCUUGGAUUUCAGGAAUAAAAAAAAUGUAAUAUUGUUGUGCAUUUGGUAGUUUUGCAUGUGUAGUCAUCAUAUUCUGUUACUGUGCUUGUAUAUUACACAGUGCAGUGUAGUGCAGCGAUUCAAUUAAUUCUGCCAAAUUUUUAUAGAAAAUAUAAGAAAAUAAAAAUACUAUACGAGGUAUUUACAUAGUUAACUUUUCAGUAUACCAGUCAUUUUAUUUACACUUUAAGUUUUGUCUCUAUGACAACACAAACCACCACCCUGUGACCUUCCUGAAUCCUGUAGGUCAGACAACUGUGUGGAUUCAAUGAACAAGAUUUAUGUGACCUCUAAACUUUCUGGCUGCAUCCCACAAUGCACUUCUCUUUAAUUUAACCUUUCACCGCCAUUGACAAUGUUGUUUUUUUCGUCAUUUUAUCGUGGCAGUUGUUAACAAAGAUCUUCAAAACCUGUACACAAUGUUGUCUCAAUUUGGCCGAAAAUUAGUUCUAAAGUUUGAAACCAUUACUGGAAAAGUUGCUGAAAAAAGUAUAUAUCUGACUGUGAAAGUUUUGUCUGGUGGAAUUUGUUUAGUCACUUGUCAUCGUAAAUCUUGAUUACUCGCUUACUGUGAGGACAGCAAGUUUUUAUUUUACAAAGAAUCCACACAGCCGUGAGAGAAAAUAAAAAUUAAUACUUUGAGAUGCCUAGUUAUUGCAAAUGAAAACAUUUUUAAUAGUGAUAUUCUAACAACGUGUUUUAUUUUGGGGAUGAUUUGUCUUUGUAAAUUUGGUUUAUGUUUUGUUGUCACUCGUAUUUCUUUUGUUAGUUUUGAUUUGUGCUGUAUUUUUAGAUUUUAAUUAAUUAUUACAUUCUUGUGUCUUACUGUUUUAAAAAUCUGUUCACUCUUGCUGAAGGAUAUGACUAGAUUUGUAUAAAUUAACAAUGAAUACAUUUGCAUAAAUUAUCACCAAUUUGCAUAAUUGUAAUGAUAAUGCAUCCAAGUCAUAUUCUUGAGUUUUUUGGUUUGAAAUAAGAUUAUUUAGUCUGGACUAUCCAUCCAAUUUGUUCUUUGUCAUUCAUUGUUACUAUAGCAACGACACUUAUCUGAGAAAAUUUACGUGAUGUUGUAGUUGAGAGUUAUGAAUAUUAAUGUAAAUAGUGAAUUAUGAUAAAUUGUUUUUGCAGUGAUACAUUGUAAAUAGUUGUACAAUCCAUCAACCUCUUUAAGUAAUUUAAGCCCACCCCUUCAUGCUGCUGCUGUCAGUGUAGUUUUAAACAAGUAUGAGCACUGCAGUGUCCUACUGAAAUAUUGACUAAAUAAGGCUCCUUAGCUAAGCCCAAAUUGUGAGUAAUUAAGGCUCCUUAGCUCAACCUGAGUUGUGAGAUCCACAAUGCAGCUGAGAGUGCAAAUUUUACAUAUUCAAAAAGAAGUAAUCGACUUUAAAAUCUUGACAAUUCCAACUUUUCUUACUUUAGAUCUCUGUAUCUAAUAAUGGGCGUCCUUUAUUCUAAUAUUCUAGUUGAACUCAGAGGGCUCUGUUCACUGGUGGAUAGAUGCCCUUGGCAGUAUGGGGUAUUUGUUUUUUAAUUGGAAAGACAGCAGCAUGACAUUACUGUAUUAAUUAAUCCCUGCUUAAAAUGGCGUAUAUUCAGUGUAUAUAGAAUGAUAUUAUGGCAUGCGGUCUGUUUUAAAUUUGGAUCUGUAAUGUUGUAGAUUUUGUUAUUGUUUAUCCACCUCAAAUGCUGUGUUUCUCAGUAUUCAUUCAAAAAGGAAGACAGUCAAAUAAUACAAAGCUUGCGCUUGCAUUCGUAACAAACUACCAAUAUUAAUAUUAUUAAUAUCAAAAUAGACGCAUUGUUUUGCUGUUUACUAGUGGUAUGAAGUCUUGGUACACAUUGCAUUUCUGUUGGAAGUGUGCCCUCUAUGUUUAGUAUUUAUUUAGUUCGGAUCAGGUGACUUCAUAGUGUGAUGCAUUGUGUAUAUGCAAGACUUUUUGCCUUGACACAUUGUUGCCAUGGCAGUUGGGUAAUCUGAUGUGUUUGAAUUUCAUGUUGCUGUAUCAUAUUAAUGCCAUGGGUUAAUUUUGGAUAAUGCUGCCAUGACAACUGUCUACUGAGAACAUCCCUGCCCCUUUAAACUUGUAAUAUUCUGUGUAUGGGUUAAUAAAGUAAUGUAAUGCUAUAGUUU